GGGGUGUGGGGAGAGAUGGAGAGCUCGAGAAAGCAGGGGAGGGAGGAUGAUCGGACCGGAUAGGGGGAGAUAAAGGCUUUGGGGAGGGUAAGAGGGCGAGGAGGGGUGAAGGGGGCGUGAGGAGGGCGGGGCGUCCGACCCCCAGUCACCGGGCCGCCCACAACCCUGCCCCGCCGGAUUUGAUCCCGACCCUCCCAACACUGACCCAGGCUCGGGCUGGAGCAGCUCCCCACGCUGGGCCGAGGACCCCUCUUUCCAACUCCACAGUCUCCGCCACGCGCACGAGAUGCAGCGGUCUUGGAACACAGGUGACUGGAAUCCGGGUAUCUAGAACGUGGCCUCCCAGAGGACAGAGGCUGUGUCGAGAGUGGCCAAGUUUAUAGUCUCUCCUUCUGAUGAAAAGAGCAAGGAAGAAUGGACUACAGCCACCAAACUUCCCUAGUCCCAUGUGGAAAAGAUAAAUACAUUUCCAAAAAUGAACUUCUCCUGCAUCUGAAGACCUACAACUUGUACUAUGAAGGCCAGAAUUUGCAGCUCCGCCACCGGGAGGAAGAAGAUGAGUUCAUCGUGGAGGGGCUGCUGAACAUCUCCUGGGGGCUGCGCCGGCCCAUCCGUCUGCAAAUGCAGGAUGACAAUGAGCGCAUUCGCCCCCCUCCCUCCUCUUCCUCCUGGCACUCUGGCUGUAACUUGGAGGCUCAAGGCACCAUCCUGAAGCCCCUCACCAUGCCCGACAUUCAGAUCACGGAGGUGGAUGCUGCAGCCGAGAGUGACCAGACAUCAAGCCCUACAGACUCCAGAGGCCUGAAGACCCUGCAGGAAGACACCCCACAGCUGAUGCGUACACGCAGUGAUGUUGGGGUGCGUCGCCGGGGCAAUGUGAGGACACCCAGUGACCAGCGGCGAAUCAGACGCCACCGCUUCUCCAUCAAUGGCCAUUUCUACAACCACAAGACGUCCGUGUUUACCCCGGCCUACGGCUCCGUCACCAAUGUCCGCAUCAACAGCACCAUGACCACCCCGCAGGUCCUCAAGCUGCUGCUCAACAAGUUUAAGAUUGAGAAUUCCGCAGAGGAGUUUGCUUUGUACGUGGUCCAUACCAGCGGUGAAAAACAGAAGCUGAAGAACACCGAUUACCCUCUUAUUGCCCGAAUCCUCCAGGGCCCCUGUGAGCAGGUCUCCAAGGUGUUCCUUAUGGAGAAGGACCAGGUGGAGGAAGUCACCUAUGAUGUGGCCCAGUAUAUAAAGUUCGAGAUGCCUGUCCUUAAAAGCUUCAUUCAGAAACUCCAGGAGGAGGAAGAUCGGGAAGUAAAGAAGCUGAUGCGCAAGUACACCGUGCUCCGGCUAAUGAUCCGACAGAGGCUGGAGGAGAUAGCCGAGGCCCCAGAAACAAUCUGAGCCACAAGAAGGAGGGGAUCCAGACACCACAAGGGCUGCUGUUGACAUGAGAAGACCCUCAGGAAGCUGGGUGCCUUCCUUCCACAGAAACAUUUAAAAGCUUCUUCAGCUCUGGGAUGGAGAAGCCAGCAGAAAGCUCCCCAUCCUCGGAUCCCUGCUCUUCUCCUUUCUUUCAUUCACAAGGACUUCUGAUUUUCGUUAUUAGGAGGACCCAAAAUGUGUAUGUGUGCAUGCACACACAUGUCCGCACACAUGUGCACACAUAUACAUGUCCACGUGCCUACCUGAUAUUCACAUGCAAUUAAAUUCCAAGCAACCAGCACACGUGCCAUGAGGCUGGCGGAUGGGCUACUUGCGGGCAGGAAAAUCGGGAGGCACCCAUCUGAGGGGUUUUAGGCUGAAGGGAAAUUUCUCUCCUCAAGUGCCUGGGAGCAGCCACACAUGUCUGCCCAUGUUGGGAAGGGGGAGGGGGCUCAGUGAGCUCCCAUGUCAGUAGACAUUCUCCCUGUAUGCCCAGAAGGAAGUGUGACUGUGAGACCCUUGGAAACGAACAAGACAACGGCCCCAUGCAUGUGGGGCAGGUCUCAUGGAAAGAGAAAGAUAAACCAUCAGUGGGGUAGAUGCAAUAAACCCACGUUUUUACACUGGAAACUUUGAUUUUGAAUAACAAAAAUGUAUGUGGUGAUCUCUGUGGGUGCCCGGAAAGAGUGGAUUCUGCCUCUGUCCUCGCCUCUGUGGCCACCUGUAGGAGCCAGGCAGGGUGCCUGAUGUUUCUCUCAGCACGCCGAGCUGCCAGCCCCAACUCUUUGGUGCCUCCUUGAGUUGAAGGAAGGAUCUCAUGAGACAGGCCUCACUGGUUUGCACUUGGCACUGGCUGGCUAGUGUGACCUAGGCCUGGGCUUGUUCUGGGAUGUGGCUGGAAAGUGAGCCUCCUUAGUGAAGUGUAGCUCCCUUAGGGAAGUGGCUCCUUGCAGACGUGACAAGUGCCUGUGAUCCCAGCCCAUUUUCACAUCAGCAAGGGGUCUUCCUGCACUUGAAGCUGCACUUCUGUGUGUUUGAAGCCAAGGCUUUAUUAUUCCCGAGGCUGGAUUCUUGCAAGUCACCUGCCAUUGUGGAGAUGGACUCCAAGAAUGAGGACUUGACCAAGUGUGGGAGGGUUCAGGGAAGCACUUUGGGUUGCCCUGUGAAGGUGCAGAGGGAGGAGGAAGCUUCUUUUUCAGCUUCUCUGAGCAGCCACCUUGGUGAUCUUUAAGGCAGACCCCAGUUAGGGGAAAAGGGCAGGGACAGUCUGACCCCUGUGCCCCGCAUCGGGAAGAUGCCAGGCAGCUGGAUGCCGGUGUGACUGAUACUGUUUGAAGAGGGGCAGGCAGGUACUUGGAGCAGGGCGCCUGGCUGUGGAGAUCAACAAGCAAGGUCAGGAGCUCUUGACAGCAGGUGACUGUGAGCCUCGUUGGGGAAGGGAUGCUCCUCAUCUCUUCUCUACCUCCUCUCCAAGAAUGGUUUAAGAGCUGGCCAGUUGAGGAAAGGAGAACCAUUGAUUGGUACCUGCAAGGAAGGUAGAUCUUUGCAGUAGACCUGUUCCUGCCCCAGGCACCCUCCUACUCCCAUCCCACCACUCUGGCCUUCGUGGCUUCAUUAGAUGGCUCACAGUGUUGGUCUUAUGGUUGACUUUCAGAAAGAUGGCAUGCUGCCACCUGGCAUUUUUCCAGGGGUCUCUUAGCAAGCCUCCCUCUUCUGUGGGGAGGGCACCAACAGCCCAGUGGGGUGUGGACUGGAAAUCCGGAGGGCCUCAGUCUCAAUCGGACACCUCGGUGGGCUUUGCAAAAUGCACAGACUUGGGGAAAAGGGUGGAGGGGAGGCUUCCUUUGUUACCGGUGGGAAAGAGCACUGUGUAAGUGCAGACAUACUUCCUGAGUUUUGCAUUUGAGAAAAUGACUUGGAAAACUUCUCUUCCAGUUAUUUUUAUGUUGUAUGCUCAAAGCUUUGAUCCCAAUAAUUCUCCUUGAGGGGCCAGGGAGAAGAAUUUCCACUAAGAAAAUACCGCUAACUUUUAUUGGACAGCCUUUUCUGGUUUGUGAAAGCCCCCUUUCGUUUGCACUAGCGCCGUGACAGUGUUAAAUGUGGAAAUGUAAAAUGGCAGAUUUGCCAGGUCACUUCCUAAGAAAGUGCCAGGGCAGAUUUGGCUCUUUAAAGAUGGGGGCCUGGGAUGGAAAUGAGGGGAAACUGUAUUUUACGCAAUACGUUCCAUUUAAUGCAGGCCGUGCAUUUCGAAACUGGGCCACCCUGUUUAGAGGUCAUUUCCCACAUCCUAAUAACCUGAUCAGGAUUUUUGAAGUUCUUUGAAACAGCAGCAGCUGUAACAGACACUUCUCCACGGUGUGGAGCAGGAUUUUCUCAUUGGUAUCAGAUGGGCCUGCAGCUUUGAACUUCUCAACUGAUUUGUGUUGGGUUUAUGUAAUUGUGUGCAAUGAACCUGAAAUCAUGUGAAGAACAAAGGCCAAUUUAUAGGAUUUUCCCCUAACUUCUGUAAAGUAGUUACAGCCACAACUGCUUUCUUUUGCCAGGGGCUUAUGUUACAAGGUGAUCAAAUGAAGAAAAACCUGAGUCCAUCUGGCUGGGAAGGGUGUCCGUCCCCCCAGGUGAUGGUGGAAUUAAGCACAAGAUCACAUUCUCUGUGAUCACAUUAGUGGGAAGGUGAUGAGUUAAACGGGUGUGUGUGUGGGGAGCGGGGGGGUCAGGGUUCUCUGGGGGAGGGGCCGAAAGCACAAAGGAUGGGCGUGCUGAGUGAGCUGGAGUGGGGUGUGCACGCUGGUCUCCAGGCUGGACAGACUUUAGGAGUUGAGACUGAGGGGUGAGGAUCUCGGAUAAGCCACCCAUCCGUGUGAAAAGUGCUGAGACCUGAGGUUGAGAUUUUGGCCUGAGACUUCAGGGAGAAGUAUUUUCAUCCUUCUCCCUACGGUGGGGGACAGUGGGGAACAACCUGUACUCUCUCCUGGAAAUCUCCAGGUAAAGACAUUUCAUCAUCAGUGUAGAUGAGACUUCUGCGUAAACAACAAAUAACUGUUCUCUGAUGCAAAAAUGCCUUGGCAGAAAUUCUUUUCUGUGGAAUUGGGUGGUUAUUUCAGAGUGUCAGGAGGGUGGAAUGGGCCACAGAAGGGCGGGAAACUCUUUUAAGAAAAGAUCUCUUUAAAAAGAGAAGUUAUUUCAGAGCUCUGGGGCAUGAGAACAUGGUGUUGUACAUGCAUCUCCAAAACAGAAACUCCUGUCUGAAUAAGGGAAUUUCAGAGUCUCAUAGUGACCAAACCACGAUGUGGAGGCUGGGACAGGGGACAGAGAUGUCCUCGAGCCCCCCAGAGGCAGCAGCAUGAAUUUUUGAGAACCUACUUAAAUUGUUUUACACACAGUCUUGCUUGAAUCAGAUGAGAUAGGAAAAUAAUCACCUGUCAAGGUAGAAAUAAAAUGAAAUGUGUCAUCUUUCGGAUGUAACUGAAAGUGUUUACCCUGUCACGGGAGGUUACAGCGCCCCCCCGUGUUUUAAACGAGCACAAGGCAUGGACACUCUGAAGCGAAAGCCUCCGUGUACUUUUGAGUCUUCCAGGCGGAUCGCAGACCUGUUUUGCAGGCUGAUGGCUUCUGGCCUGUUUUUGCUAGUGUUUCCUAAGGGUUUCCCCACUUGUUUUAGUUUUGUGAAGUGUUUUUUGUUUAAUCAUAACUUGACUUUUAGCAGUGGUACAUGACCUGGUUUAAUGUUUGGUUCUGAACUUACAAAUGUAUGUGUUUAGAUAUCUUAACAUAAUGUGACAAGGCUUCAUAGGGAGCCAUGACUUUCUGUAACAUUUUGGUAUGUUUUGAUGCACCUGACUUAGAUCUUGCUAAAUAAAGCACUUUUCAAAGAGAA